CACGGCUUCCUCAGAUAACAGGUGGCAAUAAAUCCAUCAGCACAUCCUCUUUCAGAAAACAGAGUCCCCGCUCAGCUGCUAACAGCUGCCAAUAUCUCAUUGAGAACCUCACAUAGGAUAGGCUCUAAGUGAGUUUCACUGGUCUGGGCAGACCUUCUUCAUCUUCUGUAAAGGCGGCUGGAGACCUGUAGGUGUACCAGGACCUUCCUUAAGAACCUGGAGGAGAAGACGCCCCAGCCCAGUCCUCAGCAUGCUCAGGGCGGUGUGGGAGGCCCCUCAGCAUUGGCUGCAGGAGGGGAGAGGGUCCCGGAAGCUGGUACUGGUGGUGGUGUUUGUGGCUCUGCUCCUGGACAACAUGCUGUUUACUGUGGUGGUGCCCAUUGUGCCGACCUUCUUGUAUGCCACAGAACUGAAAGACGCCAACACUUCUCGGCACCCCAGCACUGCCGCAGCUUCCCGGCACGCCCCCCCUUCUCCUACCCUUGCCACCAUCUUCUCCUUCUUUGAUAACAACACUGUGGCUGUUGAAGAAAGUGCGCCCAGAGGCACGGCCUGGACGAAUGGCACUUCUGGCACCGUCCCCCCUCCAGUCACGGGAGCCAUCUCAUCCCAUAGAAACAACUGCCUGCAACACACGGAGUUCUUGGAGGAAGAGAACGUACGAGUCGGGGUUCUGUUUGCUUCAAAGGCUCUGAUGCAACUUCUGGUCAACCCAUUUGUGGGGCCUCUCACCAACAGGAUUGGAUAUCACAUUCCCAUGUUUGCUGGCUUUGUUAUCAUGUUUCUCUCCACAAUUAUGUUUGCUUUUUCUGGUACCUACACCCUGCUUUUUGUGGCUCGGACCCUUCAAGGCAUUGGAUCUUCGUUUUCAUCUGUAGCAGGUCUUGGGAUGCUGGCAAGUGUCUACACUGAUGAUUGUGAGAGAGGCCAUGCCAUGGGAAUCGCCUUGGGGGGCCUGGCUUUGGGAGUGCUGGUGGGAGCUCCCUUCGGAAGUGUGAUGUAUGAGUUUGUUGGGAAGUCUGCACCCUUCCUCAUCCUGGCCUUCCUGGCACUGCUGGACGGAGCACUCCAGUUUUGCAUUUUACAGCCUUCCAAAUUCUCUCCUGAGAGUACCAAGGGGACUCCACUCCUCACACUUCUCAAAGACCCUUAUAUCCUGGUGGCUGCAGGCUCCCUCUGCUUUGCCAACAUGGGAGUGGCCAUGCUGGAGCCCACACUGCCCAUCUGGAUGAUGCAAACCAUGUGCUCCCCUGACUGGCAGCUGGGUCUAGCUUUCCUGCCUGCCAGCGUGUCCUACCUCAUUGGCACCAACCUCUUUGGUGUGUUGGCCAACAAGAUGGGUCGGUGGCUUUGCUCCCUGAUUGGCAUGGUGGUAGUAGGUGCCAGCUUGCUUUGUGUUCCUCUGGCUCGUAACAUUGUUGGCCUCAUCGGUCCCAAUGCAGGCCUUGGCUUUGCCAUAGGCAUGGUGGAUUCCUCUCUGAUGCCCAUCAUGGGACACCUGGUGGACCUGCGCCACACCUCCGUGUAUGGAACUGUGUACGCCAUCGCUGAUGUGGCUUUUUGCAUGGGCUUUGCUAUAGGCCCAUCCACUGGGGGUGUCAUUGUGCGUGCUAUUGGUUUUCCCUGGCUCAUGGUCAUCAUCGGAGUCAUCAACAUCAUCUAUGCCCCUCUCUGCUACUACCUGAGGAGUCCCCCAGCCCAAGAGGAGAAGCUUGCAGUUCUGAGCCAGGACUGCCCCCUGGAGACGCGGAGGCAUGCAGUCCAGAAGGCCACGAGGGCGUUUCCACUCGGGGAGGACAGCGAUGAGGAGCCUGGCAGCGAGGAGUAGAAGCAGACGGAAGUCCCUGAGCCUGUCACAUGUGGUUCUAUGAGACUUGGACUUUAGUGACCACCUCUUCUGGAACCGGAUCACCACAGGCCGCUCAAUAGGCUUCACUUCGCUCUCCCCUGGGUGUCUCUUCACCUCCCUCCCAUGGAUGCCAACCCGAGCUCUCUCCUCACCCCUGUAGCUCACAGCUCUCCCUCCAGCUUGGAUGCUUCAGGUGGCCCAUCUUUUGUGGGAGGACAUAGUGAU